AUGGAAGGCUUGAAUAGACCUCUUGGUGCUCCUCCCGUGCCUUCUGUCAUAUCAAACCCACCUGACCCUGAAGACCUUUUGCAAUCUCCUGACGGGACGCAGUCUCCGAGUUCACCACAAGUCCAACCUUCGAAUUCACCCCAAUCUUCGGAUUCCUUACCAUCUGCAGAUCCAGCACAAGUUUCGCCCGGAUCUUCAGAUUCACCAUUGUCUUCCGAUCACUCAUGCGCAGAUCCACCACCUUCGGCAGAUUCAUCACAGCUUCCAGGGGCAUUUCAGAAACAGAAUGAGACUUCACCCCUGCCUCUGCGGCGGAAACCGCGGCGAAAAGCGCCUGUCAAAGACAGUAAGGAGAGAUAUAUUGCGAUAGGAAUUGACUUCGGGACAACUUACUCUGGCGUUUCCUGGGCGUGUUCCUUUGAUCCGGAGAACAUCCAACAAGUUAAAGGAUGGCCAUCUGCGAACAUGAGGUUACAGGACGAGGUACAGAUACCGACGCAAAUCAACCUCAAAUCAAAGAAGUGGGGUUAUCUAGUUUCCAAACACAGCGACCCAGUUCGUUGGUUUAAGCUAUUGCUUCUUGACGAGCAAGAUAUCAAACAAGAUGUCCGCAAAUCCUCUUACCUGACAGAAGCAAGAUCUAUGCUGCGGUCGCAUCCCCGCUAUUCGGGCGAUGGCAUUAUUGAUCUUGUUGCUCAAUUUCUGAAGGAGCUGUGGGACCAUUCUCUCCAAGAUAUCGGAAAGCGAGUCGAUGUCGACAAGUUACCACUCAAGGUAGCUGUCACGGUUCCGGCGAUAUGGCCCAGCUAUGCCCGUGCUAGACUGAAGGAGGCGUCGAGGAGAGCAGGCAUUGAGCAACCUAGGCUCAUGGGCAAGACAAAGCUUUCCCUAGUUGAAGAGCCUGAGGCAGCAGCUCUCUGCACCCUCCACGAACGGCGAGAAUACCCCGAGAUUGAAGUUGGUGAGACCUUCAUCGUUUGCGAUUGUGGGGGCGGAACAGUGGACAUUAUCAGCUAUAAGGUUAAAUCUACUGACCCUUUCCAAAUUGAAGAAGCGGUUAGAGGAGAUGGCAAGCUCUGCGGCGCAUUUCUUACCGAUAGUGCCUUUGAGAGGUGGAUAAAGGCCAAAUCCGGUCUCAAGUUUGAUGAUGUCGAGGAAAAGGAAUUUCGCGCCUUUCUCCAAGACGAAUGGGAAUAUACAAUGAAGCGCGCCUUUAGCGGUAAAGAGAACCAAAAUGCUUUUGCCAUCAGACCUCCUUCCAAGGCCAUGAAAAAGCUGAAGCUGAAGAAUAAAGGGGAUAGCUUCCCAAUCUCUAAAGACACUCUCAAAGAAAUUUUCUCCAAAUCAUGGAAUGGCACAAGAGAGCUCAUUUCAGGACAAGAAAAACGCAUCGUGGAGACUUACGGUAAACCACCCAAAAAAAUCCUCCUCGUGGGCGGGCUCGGUGCCUCCCCGUAUCUCUACUGGCGGCUUCACGCGCAGUUUAAUGGAAAUGUGCUGCAGCCGACACAAGCAUGGUCGGCCGUUGCUAAAGGUGCUGUAAUCGCUGUGCUUAAAAGCACAGACGAUGUCAUCGCUUCUAUGCCUGUCGUUGUUUCUAGAGUAGCCAGGUUUAGCUACGGUGUGCAAUUCGGGUAUUCACCUAGCAGCUUGACAACUCUUGGCCAGGUGCCAGGCGAUCGUGAGAAGGAUGAAUACUACUUUGAUCCUGAUGGUACAGAACUGGUCCGCAGGAUGACGUGGUACCUCAAGAAGGACGAGACGAUUGAUAACAGGGAUCCAGUAACACACCCCUUCUCGCGGUGGGUUCAAUUCCAUGAGUUGUCGGACAUCAAGAUCACUAUUUUCACCAGUCAUGAAAACCCGCCACCUUUUCGGAAAAAUAACUCGGUCAAAUUAAUGUGUGAGAUCGGCAUCAUUGCUCUUGUUCCUUGGGAAUCCUUGGAGCGGUGCACCAGUCCUUCUGGGGAGGAGUAUCGAAAUCUGCAUGGCGUCCUGACUAUGAGGUUCGAGGGCGAGCCCAAGUGGUCCUUACAAAUUGGGCAAAGCAAGGUAGAACGAGAUGUCAAGGUGCGGUAUGAAGGGGUCUAA